ACAAUGCGGAGGUAUACGGACGUCCGUUAGCCAUGUUCCGCCGUGAUCGUGCCAGAAGCGGAUCGUCGUUCGUCUUGCGACAAUGGUGAGGUUUAAUAUCGCGAGAUUUGUGAUUUUGACACGCGUUGGACGAUGAGUCCACUCGUUCUAACGAGAAAUGUGUACCGCAAUCGACAGGACGGGGCAAUCGUGUGAAUGUGGAGAGAUUGCGUGAAAGAAAGUACAACGGGGUGGAAAAGAGAGAAGAGGAGGAGAGAUUUUACACGCGUCGGAGUCUGUGACACCCGCCGUGCCCGAUGGAGCCGCAUACAUUCACCGUCCCGUUGGCUUUGUUGACAUUCGUCUUACGAGGAGUAAACGGCGGAGGAUUGUAUUUCACCAUUGAGCCACAGGAUGUUGUAGUAGAGCAAGGAGGAUCCGCCAGAUUGGAUUGCGAAGCGAAAAGUAUUUUUGGUCAGCCAACGAUACAGUGGCGAACGGACGAUGGCACGCCGAUUAAUUUUAUCGGGGAAAACUAUCGAUCGCAGCUAGCAAAUGGAUCCUUGUACAUAAAUAGCGUAUACGCCGGUAGUUCAGAAUUAACUGGAAGCUAUCAAUGCCUAGCAUCCGUGGAUGAUGUUGGAGCUAUUGUUUCUCGAACUGCAACGAUCAAACUUGCAAGUUUGCCUGGUUUUGAGAAAGAACCCCAAGAUACUAUGGUUUAUCCAGGACAAAUAGCCUAUUUGAGUUGCACACUUCCGGCCUCAUCUAGCUUAUUAAAAAUACAAUGGCUCAAGGACGAACGGCCUAUGGUACUCGACGAAAAUCGUAUGACAAUUAUGCCGUCAGGUGCUUUGGAGAUAGACGAUGUUCAGAUUCAGGAUGUCGGAUCGUAUAGAUGUAAUGCAAGUGGUUAUGGACAGUACCGUUUAAGUAACAAAGCGCAAUUAGGGCUGUUAACUAGCGACAUCGACCAAGGAUCCUCUCCGCCAAUUUUUAUUGCGCAACCUUCGCAACAAGUAGCCGUUGAAGGUUCCACCGUUACUUUGGAAUGCGCUGCUAAUGGCUAUCCUAAACCUACAAUUUUUUGGCUCAAAGAUGGAGUGUCUAUAGACUUAGGAUCGUUCGACUCUAGGUAUCGUAAAAUAGCCGCGUCGAGUCUAAUGAUCACUGAUCUUAAAGAAGCAGACCAUGGCUCGUAUCAAUGUCGUGCCGAAAAUGAGGUUGAAACGUUAGAUUCUGUUGCCGAGAUCAUAGUUCAAGUUCCACCAAAGUUUAUAAAGAAACCGGAAGAUAAGGUCGCCAGUGAAAGUCAAGACUUAGAAUUUGAAUGUGAGAUUUAUGGAAAACCAGAACCAAAAGUAACGUGGUUGAAAAAUGGAGAACGAAUUACCGUUAACGAAUAUUGGCAAAUAAUUAAUGGUAACAAUCUUAGAAUCAAUGGCCUUCUUGCGAUAGACGCUGGAAUAUUUCAGUGCAUAGGAAUAAAUCCUGCUGGUAGUGUCCAAGCCUCGGCUCGACUUACGAUUAAUCAACCUAAAAAAACAACCGCUCAGAAAGCAACGACUCCAAAGUCCGUCCCAAAAAAAAAAUUAUUGUAUCGUCCUUUGUAUAAUAAAACAUGGCAGCAUCCCAGUACACUUUUAGGACACACAUUAUCGGCAUUUACGCCAAAUCCUCCGUUAUCGAUCAGUCCUUCCGAUGAUCCAGCCGAUCUUCCAGGAUCGGUCAAAUAUCCUAGCUCCCUUUACGACCCAGAUACCCAUUUUGUAGAUGAUACAGAAAGCAUCGAGUCGAUCGAAGGCAGCGUACCGUCUGCGCCUAGAAAUUUGAGUCUCAUCAUCGUUACUGCAAGAUUCGUCACGUUACGUUGGCAAGAACCGGAAAACACGAACGGCGAUAUUUUAAAUUAUUACAUUUAUUACAAACAGGAAGGUGUACAAAGAGAACGUGUUGUCAACACUCAAAAAUUAGAGGCAAUGAUAUCAAGCUUACAACCAAGUAUGAUUUAUCAGUUUCGAAUAGUUGCUCAAAAUUCAAGAGGUCCUGGUGCUUCCAGUGAAGUAUUACAAGUGACCACUCAGUCUGAGGCAAAUGUCCCAGGACCACCAAUGAAUUUAGAAGGCCACGCAACUAGUAGUGCAAGCAUUGCUUUGUCGUGGGACGAACCGCAAGUUAUUAACGGACGUAUUUCUAAAUAUAUUGUCACAUAUACAGAGGGAGAUGUCGAGGAAAGAACGCGUGAAACCACAAGUACAACGUACGAAUUGGUAGAUCUCGUGCCUUAUACAGAAUACAGUAUUAGAGUUCAAGCUGUCAAUGAAAAUGGUCCUGGUGCAUAUACUAGAGAUAUUCUAGUUCGAACACACAGUGCUCAACCUACACAACCACCCCAUAAUGUUACAUUAGAAGCAGCUAGUUCAACUAGUAUUAUUGUAAGAUGGGAACCACCAUUGGAUGGUCAAAAUGGUAUUAUCACCGGUUAUAAAAUCCGAUAUCGUCGACACGAUCGUCGUUUCUCACCAAACUCAGUUACAACCGAAGGAAAUCAACGUUUAUACGUGAUUACUGGCCUCGAAAAGCAUGUCAUAUAUCAAGUUCGAAUGUGUGCCUUAAAUGUUAAUGGAACUGGACCUUGGACCGAAUGGAUGACUAUAGAAACAUAUGAGAACGAUCUAGACGAGACUAACGUGCCGGGUGCACCUAGUCACAUUAGAACAAAAUCUAUGGCUGAUUCUAUAUCGAUUUGGUGGAAUCCACCGAAAGAUCAGAGUAUUAAAGUUAGAGGAUAUAGAAUUGGUUGGGGUAAAGGAUAUCCUGAUGUCGAGGAUCAAGUUCUUGAUGGAAAACAACGAUUUUUUACUAUCGAAUCUUUAGAACCUACAACGGAAUACGUUAUUUCUAUAAGAGCAACAAAUGAGGCUGGUGAAGGGCAGCCAGCUUAUGCAAAUGUAAGAACUAUAGAACGUUCUGUAUCUGAAUAUGUUGUGCCUUUAAUACCACCGGUUGGUCUUAAAGCGAUCGUUUUAUCGGCAGCUACUGUAGUACUCUAUUGGACUGAUACAACUCUGCCAAAAAGCCAAUAUGUAACAGAUAAUCGCUAUUAUGUCGUACGUUACACGUCAUAUCAUCAUAGCAGCAAUCCUCGUUAUAAAUAUUACAACGCCACUGAUUUAAAUUGUAUGAUAAAUGAUCUAAAACCUAAUACACAAUACGAAUUCACCGUUAAAGUUAUCAAGGGAAAAAGAGAAUCACCGUGGAGUAUGGUAGUAUUAAAUCAAACUCAGGAAGCUGCACCGACUUCUCCACCGAGAGAUUUAAGUGUUCAUAGUGUUGAAGAUCGACCAACUUCAGUAAUUUUACGAUGGCAACCACCUAAACAGCCAAAUGGACCAAUCACUGGAUACAUAAUCUUUUAUUCUACGGAUAACAAUAAAUGGGAUCGUGACUGGUUGAUCGAAGGUGUGAUUGGUGAUAAGACAGAAUUUGUGAUCAAAAUGUUACAACCAAGUACAACGUAUUAUUUCAAGAUUCAAUCUCGUAAUUCCAAAGGAUAUGGACCAUUUUCGACAACGGUUUCGUUUAAAACACCGCAAAGCAAUGGCAUUGAUAUCUAUGAUGAAUUGCAUGUUCGAGAUGGCCGUGGUCUAUCCAAUAUAUUGAUCUACAUUAUAGUAGGUUGUUCAGUCGUCCUUAUUACUGGUGUAGCAGUGGUCGUUGUUGUAAUGUGCUGUAAGCGUAAUCCAGAUUCGCCGGAUCGAAAGAAAGGAUACAUGAAAGAUGCGAAUCCAAAAACAAAUAUUAAACCACCGGACUUGUGGAUUCAUCAUGAUCAAAUGGAACUCAAAGCUCUUGAAAAAUCUUCUAUCAAUGGCGAAGCGUCUACAAGUGGUGUUGCUAGUAAUACAUUGCCAAGAUCAGGAAAUCAAGAGUAUACUCAAGAUAAUGUGCAUGGAAAUUCCAGUUCAUUAGACAAGCGCACAUAUGUACCUAGUUAUAUGGGUAACACUGAUGAGAAGUGCUCUACCCUGAGCAGACAGCACAGUCGGGGAAGCCACAAACCUAAACUCAUAACACUUCCUGUCGACAGUGCACCUGUACAUCAGCCAACUGCAACACCAAUCGUCAAUAGCAGUUUGUCACAACCAACAAUCCACAGCACGUGCGCGGAUGCUCCUUCGGUGAGACAAAACUAUCCACGUACCGUGGCACAAUACAGUUUAAGUCGAGCGCACAUCACUUUAGAGCCAACACCAGAAUCGAGUCCAGAUUCUUGUAAUAUGCCAAGUUCUUACGAACCUCUACAAAGUCAAUUACCAUAUAGCCAAAGUGGACAGUCAUACAGUGGGAGUAGUCAGUAUGCUUCCAGUCACUACGGUAGUGGUAACCAGCCUACUAGUAGUGCUACAGCGUUAGAUAGUAGUACUAGUAAAAGGCUUCAAGGACAUCCAUUGAAAAGCUUUAGUGUACCAGCACCUCCUCCGCAAUCUGCUCCUUCUACCCCAGCACAGCAGAAACAUGGAGUAUCACAAGUAACUGUAAGACCAACGAUGUCUGGUAGUCCAUACAAAAAACCUCAAGGGUCUACGUCGCAAUUAGCGAAGAAUCGACUAGCUUCGGUUUCUAAUCCAGCACAUACUUCCGAGGAAGUAGAACGAUUAAAGCCUUCAUAUAGUACAGAAGAAUUAAAUCAAGAGAUGGCCAAUUUAGAGGGUCUAAUGAAAGAUCUAAAUGCCAUAACAGCAUCUGAAUUUGAAUGCUAAGGUAGUAGCAGGUUCCUAAAUUUUGUGUGCCAUCCGAAUUGGAUAAACAAUAUGACAACGCAUUCUCAAUGUUAGUACUCGAGAGGUCAAUUUACAAUGAUGAUUGCGUUAUGUUGUGGCUUUAUAUAGGAGGUUUCUUUUAUGUAUUUAAUUAUCUUUUUUUUUUCUCUUUUUUUUUUUGUUUCCCCUUUUAUAAUUUCCUAAGUAUAUAUGUGAUUGACGAGCGUCGAUGAACGACGUGAAUAACAGUUACUUAAAUCGGGCAAUUAAUAUGCUUAUCAGUGACAAGUUAUACGAAUUAUUAAAUAAUUAUUUUCCUAGUCGACAAUUUUUUUGUCUCUCCUGUACUAGCAUUGCUUUAUUAUUAUUUUUUUAUUUUUUUUUAUUUUUUUUUUUUGAGUGAAACUCAAAGUUCGUACUUGCCAAUGUAUUCCAACACUGUCGUGCAGUGUAUUUAUUAAGGACGUAAGCAUUUCAGUGUUGUGUUAUAAUAUCAAAGUGCCCAACGUAAAAAUCUACGAACAAUCUAUUGUUUAUUUUUUUCUUUUUUUUCUCUAUCAUAACCUUUAGAGAAAUACUAUUUCGCUGUGCGCAUACGGAUAAGGACGUAAGAUAUAUAGUAAUAUAAAUAAUUGGAACCUUAUUAUCGAAAAGGUUCUCAUUUGUUUAUAAGAAAUUUGAAAGUCAAAGUACAAUAAUUCAAUUGAAUCGUACGAUGGGUUUAAGAGAAACGAGAGUAUAGAACAUUCAAAUUGAUGUCGAUCUAUGGUUAUUUAUUUAUUAUUAUUUUUUUUUUUUAAGAUGGUACUUGUAAUGUUUCGAUAUAAACGAUGAUCUUGCCUAAAAGUGAAAAGAAAAGAAAAGAGAAGAAAGAAAGAAAGCAAAAAAAAUAUAUAUAAGUAAACGACAAUGCUACAAUUUCAUGUCUCACGCGUUUCAUACAAGACUUCUUUUUGUCAUUUUUAUGAUUACUAAACUACGAUAAACUCUCAUUCUUCCAACGACGAUAUACAUACAUAAAUACGUGCAUCUUUCGAUCGCAUAAAUUUAACAGUUUAAAAAAAUCCUAAGAUGAGGAAUGAAAAUAUUUUUUCAUUUUUCUACCCCCCCUCCCAUGCCCCUCGUCACCCCAACCAACCCCCUUUUGCGCGUUCGAAAAAUUUGCAAACUGUUUUUUACUCGAUCGUCGUGACAACGCAUGUGUUUUGCGUGUUAUGAUAGAAAAUGCACAAAAAGAAAAUAAAAAGAAAGAAAGGAAGUUUAUAUAUAUUCUAUGCUCAGACUUAGCAUAUAAAUGUGCUGGUGAUUAUGAAAUUUGAUUUAAAUCAUAUAUAUAUAUAUAUAUAUAUAUAUAUAUAUAUAUAUAUAUAUAUAUACAUUUUUUAUCCAGACGCGUUAUUUAAAAAAAAUUGCAGAUUACGUUAAACGAUCUUUUUUUUUUUUUCUUCCAAGAAUAAACAUACAUACUCGAUUAUUCUUUGCUUUCACGUCAUUACAGAAAAAUAAUAUUGAAAUAAUUCAAACCCAAACGAAUAUUUCGAAACGAAAAAUUCAUAUUAAUUAAAUCACUUUUAUAAUCACCUCAGCUCGAAAAAUAAAGUGUAUAAAUGUUAAACGUAUUUAUACAUACAUACAUACAUACACUCUCUCAUUGAUAAUCUUUGAUUUAUGCAUUUGUGAAAACUAUUAUAGCAUAUAAAUACUUGAAACUCUUUCUUCGUGAUCUCAAAAACUCGUGCUCAAUAUAAAUGGCAGCUCUUUAUGAAUUUCUCUUGCAUUUAAGGAAAGAAAAAGAAAAAAAAAAAAAACGAAACAUCUUGUGUAUGUUCUACUUUAACGUGUCGCAUUCGUUAGAUAAUAGCAAAGAAGAAUGUAAUAUCACGAUCUCAUUGGGGGACAAGUUACUUUAGAAUUAUAAUAACCAUAGGCUGUAAGAAAGCAUAAAUGAUUUUCACGAGAUCAAACAUAUAUUAUUGCUAAGUUUAUAUACGAGCGUUUAUGCUGUUUCUUUAGAUUCGAAGAUGAACAAUUUUUCUUCGUUUAAUUGGUCAGUUAAAAAAAAAAAGUAAAUAACUGAAUUCUUUUUUUUUCUUUUUGAAUGGAGCGACCACGUCUAAAGCGUAAAGUAUUACCACAACAGAAUUAUAUAUAUAUAUAUAUAUAUAUAUAUAUAUAUAUAUAUAUAUAUAUAUAUACAUUUUUAUUAAUUACUUUCUGAAUGAAAAAUUGAUUAUAUAUGAAUACGAGAAUUCGUAUAUUUUGUUUUAGAGUUAUAUCAAUAAUAUAUGUAACAACGAGAGAUGCGUACCCGUACAAAAAAUUCACAGCGAAAAAUUUUUUUAUCGAUUCGUAUUUAAUUCUUAUGUCUAUUUCGUACUCUCUCUCUCUCUCUCUCUCUUUCUCUAUCUCUCUCUCUGUCUCUCUCUCUCUCUUUCUCUCUUUCUCUAUCUAUCUAUCUAUCUAUCUAUCUAUCUAACGCAUAUAAUAUUUAACAAGUUUUUAUCUACGCCAAGAAUCAUCGAGACAUUUAACAUUUUUUCAAUAUAAGACUAAUCUAUCCUCAGAGAUUUAUACGUUCAUAUCCUUUGGAUAUUAUAUAAGGAUAUCGAUUACAACUCCACCCCCGUCACUUCCAAUGGCUAAGGAUUUGCUUAAUAAGAAAUAAAUGCGAAAGAAAGUAGACUUUACAAUUUUUGAAAAAGAGAAAGAAAAGAAGAAAAGAGAAUUUUAGAGAGUGCAGGGUAGUAUAAUAAUAGUAAUAAUAAAUAUAUAAUAAUAAUAUAAAUAAUAAUAGUUAUUAUAAUAACAAUAACAAUAAUAACAAUAAUAAUAAUAAUAAUAAUAAUAAUAAUAAUAAUAAUAAUAAUAAUAAUAAUAACGAACGUAUAAUGCAGCGAAAUAAAGACGCUUUUAGGAAUUUCGAAUUUAUCUACGUCCAACAUUUUUAUGCACUUUUGUAUUUUCUUAAAUACACACGAGAGAAGAGAGAUAUUGUACAAAAUGAAACAAAACGAAGUGAAAAAAAAAAUACGAAAGGAAGAAAAAAGAGAAGAGAAGAGAAAGAAGACAGCGCAUACAAAAAUAUUCCCGAUGUAGGAUAAAAUAAGAAGAAGAAAAAAAACCAUGAGAAAAUGAAGAAAACGAAAAAAAGAAAGAAAAGAAACAAAUUUUAACGAAAAAGUUUCAAAUAAACGAAAUGUCCGAUCCCGUGAAAGUUAUAGGAAACUGAAGGAGGACUUUUUUAAAGAUUUUUAUUAAUUAACGUGUAUACGUGCAAUCGUAAAUACAAUUUUUUCUCGGUCUAAUCAUAAGUAUGCAGCAUUAUUGCUUUUAACGAUGUAUUUACUGCCACGCAGGCGAUAUUAUUAUUGCCUCUAAUUGUAAUUGUAUUUCGAACGAUUUUUCAAUCAUGUUUAUUUAUAUGCUGGAUCGGGAUAAGCUCCUCGUCUCAAUGUUAUAUAUACGAUUAUACAUGUAAAGAACGAAAGGAAAAACAAAAAAGAAACAGAAAAGAAAAUCGAUAACAAUAACAACAACACAACAAAAAGAAAGAAAGAAAAAAAGAAACAUUCGAUCGUAAGGGCUCUCCAUUUUCAAAGAUAUUUUUACCGCGCAGGACAAUUUUUAUAUUUUAUCUCUAUACAUGUAUAUUUUUUAAGCUCCCACGAGCGUGGGUAAUGUUUCAUAUAUAUAUUUUUUUUUAUUUUUUUUCCCCCAAUAAAUUUUGAAAUCGUUUGAAGAUAAAGCGAUUUAAAAGCUUUUACGGUCGAUAACAAACGAAACGCGCGUGAGCAACAUAUAUAUUGAUAAAGAGAAUGACUUGUACAUUAAGUAUAUACACAAAUACACACACACACACA